GGUAUAUUUUGACUGAAGCAACUUCAGGUUAACACACAUUUUGAGGUUAUAUUAUUGUUUAUCGUUAUAAAUAAACAUGUCUAAGAAAGGAGUUAGUGCUGAAGAAAAACGUAAACGAAUGUUACAAUUAUUUUACGAAAAAGGAGAAUUUUUUCAACUGAAAGAACUAGAAAAACUAGCGCCAAAAGCGAAAGGUAUUGUCGCGAAUUCUGUUAAAGAUGUAAUACAACAAUUAGUAGAAGACGGAUUAGUUGAUACCGAUAAAAUUGGAACUUCAAUCUAUUAUUGGGCUUUUCCAAGUAAAUCACUAACAACCCGUAAAAAGCAACUCGAAAAAAUAACAGCAGAACUAGAAGAAGUUACCGAAAAACUAAAAAUAAUAGAUAAUACAUUAGAAGCUUCCAAAGGUAACGAAGAGGAUGAAGAAAAAUGCAAAAAAGUACUAGAAGAAAUAAACGAUAAAGAAAUCGAACUACGUCGAUUACAACAAGAAUUAAAAAAUUACCAAGACAACGAUCCUGAAAAAUUUGCAGAUCUUGUUAAGAAAACUCAAGAACUCAAAGAUGCCGCCAAUAGAUGGACUGAUAAUAUCUUCGCUAUACAAUCUUGGUGUGAAAAAAAGUUUAUGUUAGAAAAGAAUGUUAUCAAUAAACAAUUUGGGAUACCAGAUGAUUUCGAUUAUUUAGAGUAAGUUGUUAAAUAGGUAGAAUAAACAUCCACUUAAGUUAUUAGAAUAAUAAUUAUUAUUGUAAGAGUUUACUGUACUUAAUAAAAGUUAUGUUUUUUUA